AUGGAGUCAAGGGAAGGAAUUUCAGGGGUGACAGUAAUACCGCCUGAAGCUCCAUCAAGCUACAAUGUUGCUUCCCGGACAGAAAACUCAACCCCAGGCUUCGGAAUACAGCCCAUGGCGCCAUCUGUGGCGAGCGCAGGCUUGUUGGCUAUGUCAGAGAAGAAGAAGAGAGGUCGACCGUGGAAGUAUGGACCUGAUGGCUCUGCUCGCAUGGUGCUUUCGCCAACACCGAUAUCAUCAUCACCUCCACUGGCUUCUGGCAACUUCAAUGAUGAGAAACCGAGUGUUGUGCAGCCAACUGUUUUGGAGAAAAAGCAUAAGAAUAAAGUUGGAAUAGAGAAAUUAGGUGAAUGGGUUUCAUGCUCUACUGGUGGAAGUUUUUUGCCCCACCUUAUCACUGUCGAUACUGGUGAGGAUGUUUCAAAUAGGAUUAUGUCAUUCUCUUUAGAAGGACCUCGAGCUAUUUGCAUAAUUUCGGCUGUUGGUUUGAUCUCGACUGUUACACCUCGGCAACCUAAUUCGUCUGGGAAUACCUUGACUUAUGAGGGUCGGUUUGAAAUUCUCUCUCUGUCUGGAUCUUUUACUCCUUUUGACAUGGAAGACUCUAGAUCCGGCAUCAUGAGCACUUCUUUGGCAAGGUCUGAUGGUCGUGUUGUGGGAGGUAAUUGUGGGCAGCUUUCUACCGAGCGGCCACCCCGAGUUAAAACCCAAGAAGCCGAAAGCAGAACCCACAUUGAAUAUGAACCAUCAAUCCCGGUUGGUAUCCCUCGCUCUUUUGACGUGGAGAAUAAGUGCUUCAGCACAGGCAAUAUUGCGCCUCAAUCUACGGCCCAGACGAAUAAUUGGGCAGCUGUUCCCACUGCAGAAAACUCGAGCAAGUCCAGUGCAGACAUCAGUAUAUCCUUGCAGGGAUAG